AUGGCCUCCUCCUCCGCUCCCCCGCCGGUGCUCAAGCAGCCCGUCAAGCUCGCCUGCAUCCAGCUCGCCUCGGGCGCCGACAAGGCCGCCAACCUGCGCCACGCCGCCGAGCAGGUCGCCGCCGCGGCGCGGUCCGGCGCCCGCAUCGUCGUCCUGCCCGAGUGCUUCAACUCGCCCUACGGCACGCAGUUCUUCCCGCGGUACGCCGAGACGCUGCUGCCCUCGCCGCCGCCUAAAGACGCGGAUGCCGCGCCCUCGUUCCAUGCCCUCGCCGCCAUGGCCGCCGACAACGCCGUCUACCUCGUCGGCGGGUCCAUCCCCGAGCGCGACCCGGACCCCGCGUCGGGCAAGUUCUACAACACGAGCCUCGUCUUCGGCCCGGACGGCAAGCUGCUCGAUACCUUCCGCAAGGUGCACCUCUUCGACAUCGAUAUCCCCGGCAAGAUUACGUUUCGCGAGUCCGAGGUCCUGAGCGCGGGGAACAAGAUCGCCCUGGUCGAUUUGCCCGAGUACGGCACCAUCGCCGUCGCCAUCUGCUACGACGUCCGCUUCCCAGAGCUAGCCACCAUCGCCGCCCGCAAGGGCGCUUUUGCCCUCAUCUACCCGGGCGCCUUCAACCUCACCACGGGAGACCUCCACUGGAAGCUGCUCGCCCGCGCCCGCGCCAUCGACAACCAAAUAUACGUGGCCAUGUGCAGUCCCGCCCGAGACAUGUCCGCCACCUACCACGCCUGGGGCCAUAGCAUGAUUGUCGACCCCAUGGCCAAGGUGCUGGUCGAGGCCGACGAGAAGGAGACCAUUAUUGAGACGGAGCUCACCGGCGACGCCAUAGCCGAGGCGCGGAGGAACAUUCCCCUUAACACGCAGCGGCGGUUCGACGUCUAUCCCGACGUGAGCCAAGGAAAGAUACAAUUCGAAGAGCCGAGCUCAUAA